AUGUCGGAUGACGAAAUGAAGGAGGAGAAGGAGCCCGACCUGAGGUCGCCAGAUGUCGUGACCAAGUACAAGUGCGCGGCAGAGGUUGCUAACACUACUGCGCAUGAUCAUCAGUACCCCGAGCUGCGUGAAUGGCGUGAGCUCACUCUUUGGAUUGACUGUAGUUGCGGGGAGAUGGCAUUGGGACCUUUGAAGUGUACACAGUUUUCAUGUGCGAAAUCAGCGCCUCACCUUGGGCUCACAAUCCAUGACUCUUUGUGUCUCGCUCAACUUCUACGCACAGAGUUGCCGUUCCAGCCAAUACAGAGUGUUUUGCUAACUUUGUUGGUUUGCAGAGAUAUAGGCUGCCAUGUCGACGGAUUUACAGCCGUUGUCGCACAUACACAUGUGCUUAGCGAAGGACCUGUUACAGGUUGUGCCGCAGAUGUUUUGGCUGCCGCUCAUACAGCUGUAGAGGUUGCCCUUCGUCUAGUGAGACCUGGAAAGAAGAACAAGGACGUGACAGAAGCUAUUCAGAAGGUAGCGUCGGCAUACGACUGUAAGAUUGCUGAAGGUGUGCUGAGUCAUCAGCUGAAGCAGUUGGUCAUUGAUACUAAUAAAGUAAUUCUGAGCGUGUCCAACCCAGAGACGCGUGUAGAUGAUGCUGAGUUUGAGGAAAACGAAGUGUACGCAAUAGAUAUCGUGACCAGCACUGGUGAUGGAAAGCCGAAAUUAUUAGACGAAAAGCAGACCACAGUGUACAAAAGAGCUGUCGACAAGAAUUAUCAUCUUAAGAUGAAGGCGUCAAAAUUCAUCCGCAGCGAGAUUAAUUCUAGGUUCCCACUUAUGCCCUUCACUGCAAGAGCUCUAGAGGAGAAGCGGGCUCGUCUUGGUCUUGUGGAGUGUGUGAAUCAUGAACUGCUUCAGCCCUACCCCGUUCUUCAUGAGAAGUCUGCUCGCAUCAAAUUUACUGUACUACUCAUGCCCAAUGGCUCCGACAAAAUUACUGGUGUACCACUUCAAGAGUAUCAGCAAACCAAGGUUCCAGAUGACCCAGAGAUUAAGGCCUGGUUAGGCAUGGGGAUCAAGUCCAACAGAAAGGGUGGUGGCAAGAAGAAGAAAGGCAAGAAGUAGCUUAGGCAUUCCACGGACGCAUUUACUUAAGCUCAGAAAUGAGUCGACAACUUUCAGUUUCUUCAGGUGCUAGUAGCUGUGCCACUGACUUUUGGACACAGUAAUUACGGACAAUGUCUGUACAUGUCGAAUUCUGUUACACCAAGUCGAAGGUGACAAGUCAUAUGAAUGAUCAGUGAGUGAGAAUGUUCAAACACUGCU